GGCAGCGCGUCGGCCCAAGGCUCCCGAGCUGCAACCGCCGCCGCCCCCACCCCCCGCCGGUCCCCUGAUAGGCGUCUGCAUCCGGAUCCGGAGCCUUAUCCCAGGGGCACGAUGCCGAGGAAGCAGUGACCCCGAAGGAGGCCGAAGCCUGGGCGCCGGGAACUGCUGCCAUGUCCCACCAACCACUCAGCUGGCUGACCGAAAAGGGGGACAGCCCCAACAAGACCACAGGAAAUGGACCCCCCAAUCUGGCUCACCCAAACCUGGACACGUUCACCCCGCAUGAGCUGCUGCAGCAGAUGAGAGAGCUUCUAAUCGAGAACCAUCAGCUCAAAGAAGCCAUGAAGCUAAAUAAUCAAGCUAUGAAAGGGCGAUUCGAGGAACUUUCAGCCUGGACAGAGAAGCAGAAGGAAAAACGCCUCUUUUUUGAGACCCAGAGCAAAGAAGCCAAAGAGCACCUAACAGCUCUGAGUCGUGAAAAUGAAAAACUGAAGCAAGAACUUGGAAAGCUAAAAGAGAAAACAGAAAGGUCCUUCCAGGACCUCUCUGGGGACCCCAGGGUCCCCAGAGCAGAAGCAGAACAGGAAGCAGAACAGCUGAAGGCCCAGGUGACACGCCUUCAGGCUGAAAAGGCAGAUCUGCUGGGCAUCGUGUCUGAAUUACAGCUCAAGCUGAGCUCAGGCGGCCCUUCUGAAGACUCCUUUGUUGAAAUCGGAAUGGCUGAGGGAGAAGCAGAUGUGGCAACAAAAGAAAUCAAGACAACUCCUAGGCCCACAAGAACUGACUCCACUGACACGAGCAGAUCUGCAGAAGGCACCAGGAAUUAUUUGGAAUUUGAGGAAUUAACUGUGAGCCAGCUCCUGCUUGGUCUAAGGGAAGGAAACCAGAAGGUGGAGAGACUUGAAAUUGCACUCAAGGAAGCCAAAGAAAGAAUUUCAGACUUUGAAAAGAAAGUUAAGGAUCGUUCUGAGAUUGAGACCCAGACAGAGGGGCGCGCAGAACAAGAGAAAGAAGAGGAGAAAGGCACAGAAACUGUUGGAAGUGAGGUGGAAACGCUGAGCCUUCAGGUGACAACCCUAUUUAAAGAGCUUCAGGAAGCUCACACGAAACUCAGUGAAGCUGAGCUGAUGAAGAAGAGACUUCAAGAAAAAUGUCAGGCCCUCGAAAGGAAAAAUUCUGCAACCCCAUCAGAGCUGAAUGAAAAGCAAGAGCUCGUUUAUAAUAACAAAAAGUUAGAGCUCCAAGUGGAAAGCAUGCGAUCAGAAAUCAAAAUGGAGCAAGCCAAGACAGAAGACGAAAAGGUCAAAUUAGCAACUCUACAGUUGACACACAACAGGCUACUUCUAGAAUAUAAUAACGCACUGAAGACAAUUGAGGAACUAAAAAGGAGAGAGUCAGAAAAAGUGGAUAAGGUGGUGCUGCAGGAACUAAAUGGAAAGCUGGAACUGGCAGAGAAGGCCCUGGCUUCCAAGCAGCUCCAGAUGGACGAGAUGAAGCAGACCAUCGCCAAACAGGAGAAGGACCUGGAAACCAUGGCCGUUCUCAGGGCUCAGAUGGAGGUUUAUUGUUCUGACUUUCAUGCUGAAAGGGCAGCGAGAGAGAAGAUUCAUGAAGAAAAGGAGCAACUGGCAUUGCAGCUGGCAGUUUUGCUGAAAGAGAGUGAUGCUUUUGAAGACGGAGGCGGUAGGCAGUCCUUGAUGGAAAUGCAGAACCGUCAUGGGGCCAGAGCAAGUGAUGCUGACCAGCAGCAGGCUUACCUCGUUCAAAGAGAAGCCGAGGAUAGAAACUGGCUGCAGGAGCAACAGCGGAAUAUUCCAAUUCAUUCUUGCCCCAAAUGUGGAGAAGUUCUGCCCGACAUAGAUACACUACUGAUCCAUGUUACGGACUGCAUCAUUUAAGUGUUGAUGUUGCACCUCCCCCAGACUGUUGGAGGGGACUUUGGAUUGAUUGCUGAGCUGGGCAGUUCUGUGAGCCUGCACCUGCAUCCUCAGCCAGGACCUCUGCAGGCUUCUGCUUUGAAGAACAGUCUUUGGAAUCCUGUACUUAUACCCUUUUCCUGUCCUACCUUCAACCUAAGCCUGGAUAUGCAGAGAUUCACCUGUUACCUUUUCUCUACAAGGUCUUCCACUGCUGUGUCUUCCAUUUUUGGCCUGGAUUACAGCUGCUGCUACUUGCAGUAGAGAUACAGAAAGUGAUUUGUGUAGGUGGCUUCAUGAAUCGUAAGGACCAAAUAGAGGUAUCUGACAACUUCAGCCUAGUGUGUUUUAUAAUCUUGCCUUGUUCUUGCCCCCAUGAUUGGAGAGACACCUCACCUAGUCACAGAUCUUUCUCAUCUUCCCUGCCAGCCAUUGUAAACCUCUGUCUUCCAUUUAUUUGUUCCUUUUUUUUUUUAAAGCUCAUCAGCAGAAUGUGGUUCCAGAAUUUGCAAGGUGCCACUUAAGGUCUUCAGAGGUCAAGUAAAUGUGAUCCUAGAUUUAAAAUCAGUGAAAAAAUUUUAGCAGCUUUAUUGAGAUGUAAUUCACCGACCACACAAUUUGCCCAUUUAAAGUAUACAUUUCAGUAGUCCUUAGUAUAUUCACAGAUGUGUACAACCUUUGCUACAGUCAAUUUUCGAACAUUGUUAAUGGAAUUACGGGUGUUAUUUUGUGUCUGGCUUCUCUCACUUAGAUAAUGUUUUUAAGGUUUAUGUUAUAGCAUAUAUCAGUACCCAUUCCUUUAUUUUUUAACUUGUAGAAAAUAUACAUAACAUAAAAUUUACCAUUUUAACCAUUAAAAAAUAAAAAUAAAAAAACACUAGAGCACCCCUACCCUCCAAGAAGUUAAAAAAAAAAAAGAAAUAUAAUUGUUAUUGCUAAUAGAGGAGAGAAAAUGGAAUAACAUAAAAUGCCAAGUUAAAACCAGAAAAGCCAGAAAUAGAAUGAAAGACAACAGAAAAAACAAAGAACAAGAGCAGUGAAUAGAAAACAUUUUUUUAUAAAAAGGUAGAUGUUAAUCCAAUUAUAUCAAUAAUCACUUUAAAUACCAUUGGUCUAAAUAUACCAAUUAAAAGAUGGAAACUCUGAGAGUGGAUUAAAAAAAAAAAAAGACCCAUCUAUAUGCUGCCUACAAGAAACCUACUUUAAAUAUAAAGACACGUGUGGAUUAAAGUGAAGAGAUGGAGAAAGAUAGAGUAUGUUAACACUAAUCAAAAGAAAGCUGGAGUAGCUAUAUUAAUUUCAGACAAAGAGAACUACAAAGGAAGAAAAAUUAUUAGGGAAAAAGGGGCACUGCAAGUGAUAAAGGGGUCAAUUUUCCAAGAAGACAUAACAAUCCCUAAUGUAUAUGUACCUAAAAACAGAGCCUCAAAAUACAUCAGGCAAAAACUGACAGAACUGCAAGGAAGAAUAUAUGAAUCCACUAGUACAGUUGGAGACUUCACAAUACCCUCUAUCAGUAUGAUUAACAGACCCAAUAGGCAAAAAAAUUAUUAAGGACAUGAUUAAAUUGAAUAGCACUGUCAAUCAACUAGAUCUAACUGAAAUUUAUAGAAUAUUUCAUAUUCCACAUAUGACCGAAUACACAUACUUCUCAGGCUCAUGCAGAACAUCUACCAUGACAGACCACAUUCUGAGCCAUAAAACACAGCUUAAGAAAUUUAAAACAACAGAAAUCAUACACAGUAUGUUCUCACACCACAGUGGAAUUAAACUAGAAAUCAUUAAUAGAAAGAUACCUGGAAACCCUCCAAACACUUGGAGAGUAAGCACACUUGUAAAUAACAGGUUAAAGGAGAAGUCUAAAAAAUUUAAAUAUAUUUUAAACUAAAUGAAAUUAAUAUAUAACAUCAAAAUUUGGGGAUGAAGUGAAAGCAGUGUUCAGCAGGAAAUGUUUAGCUCUGGAUGCAUACAUAGUAAAGAAAAAGGAUCUAAAACCAAUAAUUAAAGCUUCUUUUAAAAAAAAACUAGAAAAAGUGGCAAUUAAACACAAAAUAAGCAGAAGAAAAUAAAUAAUAAAAAUUAGAGCAGAAAUCAAUGAAAUUUAAGCCAGGAAAUCAAUAGAAAAGAAUCAAUGAAACCAAAAACUGGUUCUUUGAAAAAACUGAUAAACCUCUAAGCCAUGUUAACUAAGAAAACAGAAGACAAAAAUUACUAAUAUCAGCAAUGCCAUGAACAACUUGGAACUUGAAAUUUUAAAAACACUGUGACAUCUACAUUAACACCAAAAAAUGAAAUUCUUAGUUAUAAAUCUAAUAAAAUAUGUGUAAGAUCUGAUGAAAGAAAUUAAAGAACUAAAUAAAUGGAGAGAUACUCCACGUUCCUGUACAUGAAGACUCAAUAUUGUUAAGAUGUCAGUUCUUCAGACCUGAUUUACAGAUUCAAUGCCAAUUCCAAUCAAAAUCUCAAGUUCUUUUGCAGCUGUCAACAAACUGAUCCUAAAGUUUAUAUGGAGAGGCAAAAGACGAGAAUAGCCAACACAACACUGAAUGAGAAGAACGAAGCUGGAGGACAGACACUACCCAACUUCAAGACUUACUAUAAAACUACAGUAAUUAAUACAGUGUGGUACUGGUGAAAGAACAGAUAAAUAUAUGAAGAGAACAAAACAGAAAGCACAGAAAUAGACCCAGAGAGUCCUCUGGGCUUUGACAAAGGAACAAUAAGCAGUUCAAUGGAGAAAGGAUAGUAUUAUCAACAAAUGGUACUGGUACAACUGAACAGCCACGUGCAAAAAAAAAAAAAAAAAAAAAAAAGAA